AUGCUGAAAGACGAGGAAGAUGACGAUGAGUGUGAGCGGACCCCGUGUGUUCACGGGAGCUGUGUGAACACGGCCGGCUCCUACUUCUGCCAGUGCCCUGCUGGUUUCCAGUCCACCGCCACCAGAACGGAGUGCAGAGAUCUGGAUGAAUGCGUCGCUAACGGACGUAUCUGUAACAACGGCCGCUGUGUGAACACUGACGGCAGCUUCCACUGUGUCUGCAACGCCGGCUUUGAGAUCUCCACCGACGGGAAGAACUGCCAAGACCAAGACGAGUGCCUGAUCCGGAACAUGUGUUUGAAUGGCAUGUGUAUUAAUGAGGAGGGCAGCUUCAAGUGCAUAUGUAAACCUGGAUAUCUGCUCGACCCAACCGGACGCUUCUGUGUAGACAUCGACGAGUGCGAGACCCAGGGGAUGUGCAUGAACGGCCACUGUGUCAACACCGAGGGCUCCUUCAGGUGCGAGUGCAUGCCGGGGCUGGCCGUGGGUCUCGAUGGGCGCGUCUGCGUGGACACACAUAUGCGCAGCACGUGUUAUGGUGGGUACAAACGAGGGCAGUGUGUGAAGCCGUUCUUCGGUGCUGUGACCAAAUCAGAGUGCUGUUGUGCCAGCGUUGAGUACGCCUUCGGGGAGCCCUGCCAACCCUGCCCGCCUCAGAGUUCCGCUGAGUACCUCGCUCUGUGUGCUAAUGGCCCUGGCACGACCAGCGAUGGCAGAGACAUCAACGAAUGUGCGCUGAACCCUGACAUCUGCCAGAACGGUGUCUGUGAGAACAUGCUGAGGACAUACAAAUGCAACUGCAACAUGGGCUUUGAGGUCGACACCACAGGCAAAAACUGCUACGACAUCGACGAGUGCGCCGUAAACCGCUACCUCUGUGACAACGGCCUGUGCCGAAACACACCUGGUAGCUUUACCUGCCACUGUCCCACCGGCUACGUCUUCCACGCCGAGACCGACGUCUGCGAAGAUAUUGACGAGUGCCAGUCGAACCCGUGUGUGAACGCAGAGUGCAAGAACAGCCCUGGGUCUUUCGUCUGCCUGUGUUCUGCAGGCAGCACCCUGGACGGCAUGCAGUGUGUGGAGACCAGCAAGGGCACCUGCUGGCUGAAGCUGGUGGACAACGCCUGCGAGGUGAACAUCAACGGAGCCACGCUGAAGUCCCACUGCUGUGCCACCAUGGGCGCGGCCUGGGGAAGCCCCUGCUCCAAGUGUGAACCGGAUUCCUUCUGUUCCAAGGGGUUAGCCCGAGUCAAAGGCAACAUCUGUGAAGAUGUGAACGAGUGUGAAGUCUUCCCGGGGGUGUGCAUCAAUGGGAAGUGUGUCAACACCAUUGGCUCCUUCAUCUGCCAGUGUCCCUCAGGGAUGACGGUCGAUGCCAGUGGCAGAACAUGCAUCGACCUGCGCACGGAGCAGUGCUACCUGAAGCACGAGGACGAGCGCUGCGGAGCGCCCAUCUCCGGCAGGCACCGCGUGGACGCCUGCUGCUGCUCCGUGGGCGUGGCCUGGGGCCCCGAGUGUGACGAGUGUCCGGAGAAGGGUAGUCCUGAGUACGCCCUGCUAUGCCCCCGUGGCCCCGGCUUCUCCCACAGGGGAGACUUCAUCAACGGCCGGCCCUUCCUCAAAGAUAUAAACGAGUGUAAGAUGAUCCACAGCCUGUGCACCAACGGCAGGUGUAGGAACACCAUCGGAAGCUUCCGCUGUCGCUGUGACAACGGCUUCUCACUGGACUCAGACGAAAGGAACUGCACUGAUAUCGACGAGUGCCGGAUUUCGCCGGACCUGUGCGGGCAGGGCACAUGCGUCAACACGGCUGGAGACUUCGAGUGCGAGUGUUUCCAGGGAUAUGAGAGUGGCUUCAUGAUGAUGAAGAACUGCAUGGACAUUGACGAGUGUGAGAGGAACCCCCUGCUGUGCCGCGGCGGGGAGUGCGUCAACAACGAGGGCAGCUUCCAGUGCGUGUGUCCCGACGGGCACGAGAUCGCCCCGGACGGAUCGGCCUGUCUAGAUAUCAACGAGUGCGAACUGAGCGAUAAGCUGUGUCGGAACGGCCAAUGUGUGAACAUGGUUGGCCGCUACCAGUGUACUUGUGACACAGGAUACAAAUCAACUGAGGACAGACAGCAGUGCGUGGACAUUGAUGAGUGCACCAUCCAGAAUGGCGGCUGUGAGACAUUCUGCACGAACUCCGAGGGCAGCUACGAGUGCAGCUGCCGCAACGGUUACGCCCUGAUGCCAGACCUCAGGAGCUGCACUGACAUCGAUGAGUGUGAGGACAGCCCAGAUAUCUGUGACGGGGGCCAGUGCACCAACAUCCCUGGAGAGUACCAGUGUCUCUGCUUCGAUGGCUUCAUGUCCUCUGAGGAUAUGAAGACAUGUCUCGAUGUGGAUGAAUGUGAGCUGAACCCUAACAUCUGUCUGAGUGGAAACUGUGAGAACACCAAGGGCUCCUUCAUCUGCCACUGUGACCGAGGCUACUCAGUACGCAAGGGUUCCACCGGCUGCACAGAUAUCAACGAGUGUGAGAUCGGAGCCCAUAACUGUGACCGUCACGCCGCUUGCACCAACACAGCCGGCAGCUUCAAAUGCAGCUGUGCUCCAGGAUGGAUAGGCAACGGCCUCAAAUGCACAGAUCUGGACGAGUGCUCCAACGGAACCCACAUGUGUAGCAACAACGCAGAGUGCAUGAACACCAUGGGCUCCUAUCGCUGCAUCUGCAAGGAUGGCUUCUCUGGAGACGGCUUCUACUGCACAGAUAGUGACGAGUGCACAGAGAACGGGAACCUGUGUGAGAGCGGACACUGUCUCAACAUGCCUGGGGGCUACCGCUGUGAAUGUGACAUGGGCUUCAUCCCCACGCCUGACGGCAAGGCCUGCGAGGAUAUUGACGAGUGUACCUUUGCUGACAUCUGUGUCAAUGGAAGGUGCAAGAACAUUCCAGGACUGUUCAGAUGUGAAUGUAACAUCGGCUAUGAGCUGGACAGGACUGGAGGCAACUGUACAGACAUAAACGAGUGUGCGGACCCGACCUUCUGCAUGAACGGCAUCUGUGUCAACAUCCCUGGAAGCUACCAUUGUAACUGUCCCCCAGACUUCCAGCUCAACCCCACAGGUGUCGGCUGUGUAGACAUUCGAUCUGGAAACUGCUACCUGGAAUACCAUUCCAGAGGGGACGCUUCAGAGAGUUUGGAAUGUUCCAAUGAGAUCGGCGUGGGGGUGUCCAAAGCAUCGUGCUGCUGUUCUGAAGGCCAGGCCUGGGGAACCCCGUGUGAAUCCUGCCCCUCUGUCAACACCACGGAGUAUAGAACUCUGUGUCCCGGAGGCGAAGGCUUCAGACCCAAUCCCAUCACCGUCAUCCUGGAAGACAUCAACGAGUGUCUGGAGCUGCCAGGCUUGUGCCAGGGAGGAAACUGCAUUAACACGUUUGGCAGCUUCCAGUGUGAGUGCCCCAGAGGCUUCGAGCUCAACACGGACACAAGAGUCUGUGAAGAUGUGAAUGAGUGUGAGCGUCCAGGGAUCUGCGGUCCAGGCCAGUGCUACAACACAGUGGGAAACUACACCUGCAUCUGUCCUGUGGACUACAUGCAGGUCAACGGAGGAAAUAACUGCAUGGAUAUGAGGAAGAGCUACUGUUACAGGAACUUCUACUCAGACAACAACACGUGCGAUGGAGAGCUGACCUUCAACAUGACUCAGAAGAUGUGCUGCUGUUCCUACAACAUUGGCCGGGCAUGGAACAAACCCUGCAAACAGUGUCCUGUCCCCAGCACCACUGAGUUUGCCACCCUGUGUGGCAGUGAGAGGCCAGGAUAUUACAUUGAUAUCUACACCGGACAGGUCAUGGAUAUCGAUGAGUGCAGGCAAAUCCCGGGUGUGUGCGAAAACGGGGUGUGCAUCAACAUGAUUGGUAGCUUCAGGUGUGAGUGUCCAAUGGGCUUCGUUUACAACGACAAGCUGCUCAUCUGUGAAGAUAUCGAUGAGUGUCAGAAUGGACCGCUGUGCCAGAAGAACGCCGCCUGUUUGAACAUGCCAGGGAGCUACCGGUGCGAGUGCAAGCCUGGCUAUCGCUUCACCCCCACGGGCCAGUGUCUGGACCGGAACGAGUGUCUGGAGAACCCGGGUGUGUGCAGUCCUGGCCAGUGCAUCGACACGCUGGGAAGCUACCGAUGUGUCUGUCCCAACGGCUUCAAGGCCACCCCCGACCUCUCCAUGUGCAUCGAUGUGGACGAGUGCGAGAGACAACCCUGCGGGAACGGCACGUGUAAGAACACGGUGGGAUCCUACAACUGCCUCUGCUAUCCCGGCUUUCAGCUCUCACACAACAACGACUGCAUCGAUACGGACGAGUGCUCCACUCAGAGAGGCCUGUGCAGGAAUGGAGACUGUAUCAACAGCAUCGGCUCCUUCAUCUGCCACUGCCGUGACGGAUACGAACUCACAGCUGAUGGAAGGAUAUGUAUUGAUGUCAAUGAGUGUGCAGUGAAUCCUGGGACUUGUGGUCCAGGGACCUGUCAGAAUCUGGAUGGUUCCUACAGGUGCAUUUGCCCGCCUGGCUACUACAUCCAAGACGAGACCUGUGAAGAUAUUGACGAGUGUUCCCAGACUCCUGAUAUCUGCCUGUUCGGGACCUGCUCCAACACCGAGGGCAGCUUCACCUGCGUCUGCCCCGAAGGCUUCCAGCUCUCUGGCACAGGACGCAGAUGUUUAGAUAUCCGCGUCAACUAUUGCUACACCAAGUUUGAGAGUGGGCUCUGCCUGUCCCCCAAGCCCCUGAACACCACCAAAGGGGACUGCUGCUGCAGUGCCAUGCCAGGCCAGGGCUGGGGAGACCCCUGUGAGAUCUGCCCCAACAAGAACGAAGAGGUGUUCAGACAGCUCUGCCAUGCUGUAGGCCAGAGCAUCGGCCCAGACGACAACCCCAUAGACAUCGACGAGUGCACCACCAACCCCAACAUCUGCUCCAACGGCGUAUGCAUCAACACAGACAGCUCGUUCCGCUGCGAGUGCCCGUUCGGCUACACGCUGGACACCACCGGAGUCCACUGUAAAGACACUGACGAGUGCGACCUAGGCAACCCCUGUGGCAACGGCACAUGCACCAACAUGAUCGGAGCGUUCGAGUGCGCGUGUGACGAAGGCUUUGAGCCAGGACCCAUGAUGACAUGUGAAGACAUUAACGAAUGUUCCCAGAAUGCCUUGCUGUGCGCCUUCCGCUGUGUCAACGUGGUGGGAUCCUAUGAGUGUAAAUGCCCCACGGGCUACGUACUGAGAGAGGACAAGAGAAUGUGCAAAGACCAGAACGAGUGUGAGGAUGGCAUCGAUGACUGUGAUAGCAGAGGCAUGAGCUGUAAGAAUCUCAUUGGCACCUACAUGUGCAUCUGCCCCCCUGGGUAUACACGCAGACCCAAUGGAGAGGCGUGCGUUGAUCUGAACGAGUGUUCAGCUAAGCCAGGUGUCUGUCAGAACGGUCGCUGUGAAAACACUGUGGGCAGUUAUCGCUGCAGGUGUGACCAAGGGUUCAGCCCCAGCCCCACACAGACGGAUUGUAUAGAUAUCCGCGAGGGCUUCUGCUUCACCGAGGUGCUGACCACGCUGUGUCAGAUGUCGUCCAGCAACAGGAACGCAGUCACCAAGUCCGAGUGUUGCUGUGAUGGAGGGAGGGGCUGGGGUUCCAACUGUGAGCUCUGUCCCCUGCCAGGGACCACCCACUACAAGAAGAUGUGCCCCCUGGGUCCUGGGUACACCACAGAUGGCAGAGACAUCGAUGAGUGCCGCGUGAUGGGGAAUCUGUGUAAAAAUGGCCAGUGUAUCAAUACGUUGGGCUCCUACAACUGCAACUGCAAACCUGGAUACACCACUGACAUCACUGGCACUCAGUGUGUGGAUGUGGACGAAUGCAUCCAGGCUCCGAAGCCGUGUAACUUCAUCUGUAAGAACACGGAGGGGGCGUACCUCUGCUCCUGCCCAAGGGGAUACAUCCUACAGGAGGACGGGAAGAGCUGCAGAGACCUGGACGAGUGUUCUACCAAGCAGCACAACUGUCAGUUCCUGUGUGUCAAUACCAUCGGAGGCUUCACCUGCAAAUGUCCCCCUGGCUUCACCCAACAUCACACCGCCUGCAUCGAUAAUAAUGAGUGUAGUUCUGACCCCAGCCUGUGUGGGUCUAAUGGAGUAUGCCAGAACAGUCCUGGGAGCUUCAACUGCGAAUGCACGCGUGGAUUUUCAAUGGACCCCAACGGCCAGAGCUGCGAAGACAUGGAUGAGUGUGAUGGGAACCAUCGGUGCCAGCAUGGUUGUCAGAACCUCGUAGGAGGUUACAGGUGCAGCUGUCCUCAAGGCUACCUUCAACACUACCAGUGGAACCAGUGUGUGGACGAGAAUGAGUGUCAGAACAGCCAGAUAUGUGGAGGAGCGUCGUGCCACAACACCCUGGGGAGUUUCCGCUGUCUCUGUCCCACCGGGUUCAACUACGAGCAGCAAAAUGGCGGAUGCUCGGAUGUCAACGAGUGCUCCUCGACGCAGAACCCCUGUAGCUACGGCUGCUCCAACACGGACGGGGGCUACCUGUGUGGCUGUCCAACUGGAUACUACCGCGCAGGACAGGGGCACUGUGUCUCAGGUGUAGGCUUCAGUAAUGGCGGCCCCGGUCCGGAGCAGGGAGGAGAGACCGAUGAGAACUCUCUUUCCCCCGAGGCCUGCUAUGAGUGUAAGAUAAAUGGAUACCCCAAGAAGGGACGCAAACGCCGUAGCAGCAACUCUACCCUGGAGGAACCAGAAACACAGGGAGAGCAGGAGACCGUUAGCCUGGCCAGCGUGAGCAUCGAAGAUGUCCUCAUGUUCCACCUCAACAUCAGCGACCUGACCACCCGGGACCACAUCCUCGAGUUCACCCCUGCCCUCUCCACGCUGACCAACCACGUGCGCUACACCAUCGAUUACGGCAACGAGGAAGGCCACUUCAAGAUCAACCAGAGGGAGGGCGUGAGCUACCUCCACCUAUCCAAGAAGAAGGCCUUGGUCGCCGGGGCCUACGAGCUCCAGAUCAGCAGCGUGCCUCUGUACAGGAAGAAGGAGCUGGACGAGCUGGAGGACACGCACGAUAAAGACUACCUCACGGGACAGCUGGGAAACACACUGAGGAUGAGGGUGCAGCUCAUCCUCCAUUAACCAGAACAAGACUGAGACGGCUGAACAGCCCCCCUAACCAGCGACCCAGGCUCAGUUUACCCGGUCCCCCCUCUGUCCAGACCUCCAUCACCAAGAAGAGGGGGGAGGGUGUUGUCUAACUCUGUGUCAGUGGUUAGGGGCUACUGCUCUGAGAGAGAGAGGGGGGGGGGGGGUAGAGAGAGAGGCGUACCACCAAAGAGACAAUGGAGGGAGGGGGGGCCGCAUUGUUUGAUUCCCAAAGAUGAUUCCACAUAUCAUAGAUACAACGUGUUGUGUGUUCAAGUUCCAGCUACAUCUGACAGGAGUGCAGGUAACAGAUGAAUUCUUGAUCCUCAGACGAAGACAAUCGCUUUGUGCAGAAAGCUCUGGAGGGGCAUGAACGUGGCUUGUCUGGAUAAGGGAUUGUUGUGAAGGUUUUGUAUAAUGAUAUGUUGAAUCGUGCACCGUUUUGAGGGAGGCGUGGACCACUCAGCAGAGGUGGAAUACAAGGUGGGCUGUCAAUACUCUAAAGGGGUUUCCUUUCCUGGCCUUCUCCCAUCUGAAUUGAUGUACUAAGGUUUCCCUCAUACAGCCUUGAUUUAUCCCGUGUUCUCAGUUGAAAUGAAGAAGAGAGCAGAGAAUGAGAAGGAAACCACUUUAGAUCAUUGAGAUGCAGCCCGAGUCCAAGCUUGAAAGAUUACUUUUGCUCAUCUUAACUAUGCUUUUCCAUCUUUCCUACUGACUAGAAAUUAUUAAUAUACAGGUGCUAGUAAAAAAACUAACACAUAGACUUCUGAAUGCACUGUACUCCUUGACAAAACACAGUAGCUAAAAAUGUCAUUCCGUCUGCCCUUUCAAGUGUCUUUGCAACCAAACCAAAGCUAGCUCCAUAGCCUAUCUGCUCUCUCCUAUACAGUACAUGUAAAUUAAGUGUGUUUAUACUGUAAUAAUCAAUGCCACUUUUAAUCUAUGAAGCAUUUGUAAACUAGAGAAAGACCCUGAUAUGGAGGGGUUUGUAAUGGUGCUUAUAAUGACCAACUACUUUUGUAAACUGUGUAUACAUACACACACAUGCAAACACAUCAUUGUGAUGAUGCCAAACCUGUGCCUUCAUGAUUAUGCACUGAGGUCUUUACGACCACAAACUCUCUUGCAAGUACAAUCAGUGCCGUGUCGCCAUAGCGAUGGAUGACAAUCAGACCAGCCUUAGACACCUGUCUGUUCUCUGUUCACAUCAGUGAGGGUUUAGUUGUAAAUUCACAAUAAAAUAAAACUUUUUUUUGGUGUAACAU